UGUCUUUUUUAAACUUUUUCAGACUGUCUUUUACAAAUUAGCAUUCUUCUCAGUUUUUUGCACAUUUUCUUUACUUCAAACCCAAAACAAACUCUCUCUUGACCAAUAAACAUAUUGUUGCUGAUUGAAAUGUGUUCUCACUCCAGAGGAAAUCCCGCCCCCAGGAGUUAUAUGAAUAUUGAAUAUAAAAAAGCAAAAAAGUAAUUUGAAGAAAUAAAAUCUGAGCUACUCUCAACAGCUUUUUAUUAAACAAUUUUUACAGUUUGCAAAAGUAAUGGAAGAUGAUUUGCUCCAUUUGUUCUGAUGGCCUUUCAUGCUCUCUAUCUAAGAUCUACCGUCUGCCUCUGAGGGCCCCCAGUCUGGUGUGGGAGGAAAUGAGGGAUCUUAAAGGACUCCCCCCAUCCUCCAAGGACAAGCUGGGAUGCUGGGUCCAUAAGAACAGAUUGAUUUUCUUUGGCGGGUACGGCUAUGCGCCACAAGGAUCUCAUCGAGGGACUUUUCACUACGACGAAUCAUCCUCUCUGAUGUGGGACAGCCCUGGGCGAGGCUGGAACAACCACGUCCACGUUCUGGACCUGGAGAGUUCAACAUGGAGUCAGCCCAUCACCCAGGGAAACACGCCGUCCCCCAGAGCGGCUCAUGCCUGCGCUACAGUCGGAAACAGAGGAUAUGUGUUCGGUGGCCGAUUCAAGAACUACAGACUAAAUGAUCUGUACUACAUCGACCUGGAGACGUGGGAGUGGCAUGAAAUGAGCGUUCCUCAGCAGGGGCCCGUGGGCCGAUCCUGGCACUCCUUUACUCCGGUCUCAUCAGAUCACAUCUUCCUGUUUGGAGGUUUCACCACAGAGAGGGAAACACUGAGUGAUGCUUGGCUCUACUGCGUCAGCAGGAACGAAUGGAAGCCUUUCAAGCACAGCCACACGGAGAGCCCCAGGCUGUGGCACACGGCGUGCUCCGGACCGGACGGAGAGGUGUUUGUGUUCGGAGGCUGUGCUAACAAUCUGUUGUCUCAUCAGAGAGCGGCUCACAGCAACGAGCUGCUGAUUUUUAACGUCCAGCCCAAAUCGCUGGUUCGGUUCUGUAUGGAGACGGUUCUGCAGCACAGGGAGAGGCUGUCCUGUCACUGGGACUGCUUGCCGAAACACCUCCUGCUCAGCCUCAAGCAGAGAAUGUCGCGGGUCAACACUCUGGGCUCUUAGGACUGGAGGUCGACCACAGGAUGAGACGCCGAUAGUUCUGGCUGUUCUGUUACUUUAAUGUGAAAACUUGAAUUAAAAUGAGAGGCAAAGUGUGGAAGAGUUAGCAGUUUGGCCCUGAGGAUGGAGUAAGCUGUUGGGACAUGGCUGAUCAGGCCUGGUCUGGGAUCAGAUCCUCUGGAUGUAAAUAAUCAUUCUGUCACCAGGAUGGAAGCGCCCAGCUCAGGCCACUAGGUGGCAGCAGCUCUGACCGAGUUAAAAAGACUAAAAACCUCAGAACGUCCACAGAACAGCCGAUUCUGCUGCUGUGGAGAUAAUUUAACGUCCCGACAGCUUCCUUCAUUAAACAGUCAUAGAAAGAGGCUAAGAUGAAGAUAAGCUCAAAUUCUUUCACCAAGUUUGUUUGGAAAGCGAUGCUUUAAUCAAACCGUUCAGGAUUUAUAGAUUAAAUGCUCCAGUUUCACAUUAAGUUGUAUAUUAUCUUUAAAAAAAACACAGCUGUUUAUUUUGGUUCUGGUCUCCCUUUAGGACAAAAAGAAGUGACCUGUGGUGUUUCCUGAUCCGACCAGCUUAGCUCCCGUAGGUAGACCUUAUUCACUGGAGCUUUUGUAAUUAUUACUGUGAAACAAAAUUCAAACUGCAGAGGGAGGGAAAACGAGCUGAACCCUUUAAAAACGCACCGGCAGGUUGUUUAACCAGCCGAGUGGAGCCUCAGCAGAUUGGAAACCAGGAGCAGAUUCUCUUUGAUGUUUUGAGAAAAAGUGUUUUAAGUUAAAGAGAAACUAGCUAAGAAAACCGCAUCGAUAAAACAUUGAAUUAGCUUACCAAUGUUUGUCUUGACACUAAUAAAUAAAAGUGAUCAUCUAUUUUGGAUAGAAAGGGGAGUAAAUGAUGCACCAGCUAGCUGAUUGAUGCUAAUUAGCUUCAGCUCUAAGCAGUGAUUUCUGCUUUAAAUGCCAUCCGGUCCAGAUCCACAGAAAUGAGCCUCCUGUUUGUGUUCAUCUGUAUUUAUGUUGGUGUUUAAAGCCUUUAUGGUCAUAAAGUGGCUGCUGUAGCGUUCUGAUUGGAUCGGUACCGGCGACCGUGAAGGACGUCGAGCCGCGUUGCACUGAAAGUUCUCUCUGUUGGGCUUUGUUUGUAUUCGCCUUGUUUGCACAAAAUUACUCGUCUGUAA